CCAAAUAUAAUAAUGGAGAAAAGAGGAGAUGUUGCCCUUGGAUCAACAUCUUCUGCUUUGCUUCUAUAAACAAAGCAUGGGGUCUCUCCCUCAACAAUCCCAAAACACAUCAACACUUCUCAUAUCUCAACAAUGUCUGCAACUCUAACAAAUCUCUUCCUUCUCUCAAUAACCUCCAUUUUCUUUCAUUCUUGUUCCUCCAUUGAUGACCAAGGCCAAGCUCUUUUGACAUGGAAGAAGACUUUAAACAGCUCAGUAGAUGAACUCAGUUCAUGGAAUCCUUCAGACCCAACUCCAUGCAACUGGUUUGGAGUCCAUUGCAAUUCAUAUGGCAAAGUUACAGAGAUAAGCUUGAAAGAAUUAGAUUUGCAAGGUCCAUUACCUUCAAAUUUUCAACCUCUCAAGUCUUUGAAGACUCUUAUCCUCUCUUCAACCAAUCUCACAGGCAACAUUCCAAGAGAGUUGGGUGAAUAUCAAGAGCUCAGUUUCAUUGAUUUUAGUGACAAUUCUCUCUCAGGUGAAAUACCAGUGGAAAUAUGUAGGCUGCAAAAUUUGCAAAGUUUAUCUCUCAAUACAAAUUUUCUUGAAGGUGAGAUUCCUUCUGAGAUUGGUAAUCUCUCAAGUCUUGUGUAUUUGACUCUCUAUGACAAUCAACUCAGCAGUGAAAUUCCAAAGAGCAUUGGAGAAUUAAGCAAGUUACAAAUUUUCAGAGCUGGUGGGAAUAAAAAUCUCAAGGGUGAGCUACCUCAGGAGAUUGGGAACUGCACCAACUUGGUUGUUUUAGGCCUGGCUGAAACCAGCAUUUCUGGGAUUUUGCCUUCUUCAAUUGGAAAUUUGAAUAGACUUCAAACUCUAGCUAUUUAUACAACUCUUCUGUCAGGGCCUAUCCCAGAAGAGAUCGGAAACUGCAGUGAGCUGCAGAACUUGUAUCUGUAUCAGAGUUCUUUGUCUGGGUCGAUUCCGAGGCAGAUCGGAGAACUUAGCAAGCUUCAGAGUCUACUUCUUUGGCAGAACAGCUUAUUGGGUUCAAUCCCAGAUGAGCUUGGAAGAUGCAAAGAGCUUACUGUCAUUGAUUUAUCAGAGAAUCUUCUGACUGGAAACGUACCAAGAAGUUUUGGAAACCUUUUGAAGCUUCAAGAGCUUCAGCUGAGUGUUAAUCAAUUAACAGGAACAAUUCCUGUUGAAAUGACAAAAUGUAAAGCACUCAAUCAUAUUGAAAUAGACAACAAUGCCAUUUCAGGUGAGAUUCCUGCUGAUUUUGGCAACCUAAAGAGCUUGACUUUAUUCUAUGCUUGGCAGAACAAUCUAACAGGCAAUAUUCCGGAAUCUCUAUCGAAAUGCCAGAAUCUUCAGGCUAUUGAUCUGUCAUACAACUAUCUUUUUGGUUCAAUACCAAAGAAUAUUUUUGGAUUGCAGAAUCUCACCAAGCUACUGCUACUUAACAAUGAUCUAUCUGGCUUCAUUCCUCCAGAUAUAGGAAACUGCACCAACUUGUAUAGAUUGAGGCUGAGUGGAAAUAGCCUGGCGGGUACUAUUCCAUUAGAAAUUGGAAAAUUGAAGAAUUUGAAUUUCAUUGACUUGAGCAACAAUCAUCUCAUUGGUGUAAUCCCAUCAUCCAUAUCCGGAUGCAAAAACCUCGAGUUUCUUGAUCUCCAUUCAAAUGGGAUUGCUGGUUCUCUGCCAGAUGCUCUGCCGAAAAGCCUACAGUUUGUGGAUGUUUCAGACAAUAGGCUUACAGGUUCACUGACUCAUAGCAUUGGUUCAUUGAAUGAGUUAACCAAGCUUAUCUUGGCUAAGAAUCAACUUUCAGGCAGAAUUCCAGCAGAGAUAUUGUAUUGCAGUAAGCUGCAAUCACUUGAUCUUGGAGACAAUGGUUUGUCUGGAGAAAUUCCAAAGGAGCUUGGUCAAAUUCCAGCACUGGAAAUCUCUCUUAAUCUUAGCUGCAACCAAUUUUCAGGUGUGAUCCCAUCUGAAUUCUCUGGUCUCAGCAAGCUAGGAGUACUUGAUAUCUCCCACAACAUGCUCAAAGGGAACUUAGAUGUUCUAGCAGACUUGCAAAAUCUUGUUUCUCUUAAUGUUUCCUUCAAUGACUUCUCUGGUAGAUUGCCAAACACCUCCUUCUUCCGAAAGCUCCCGCUUAGUGACCUUGCUUCAAACCGAGGGCUCUUCAUUGCCGGAGGAGUGGUCACGGCCACAGACAGCAUGGGACGUGCAGCCAGCAAUAGAUCAGCAAUGAAGCUUGUGAUGUCCAUUCUUCUCAGUGCCAGUGCAGUAUUAGUGCUGCUAGCAAUCUACAUGCUAGUCCAUACUCGAAUUGCGAAUAAUAUGCUGAUGGAAGAAGGAACUUGGGAAAUGACUUUGUAUCAGAAGCUUGAUUUCUCCAUCGAUGAUAUUGUUCGAAAUCUAACAUCAUCUAAUGUUAUAGGCACAGGCAGCUCAGGAGUAGUUUACAAGGUCACAAUUCCAAAUGGGGAUUUUUUAGCAGUGAAGAAAGUGUGGUCAUCAGAAGAAUCAGGAGCAUUCAAUUCUGAAAUUCAGACACUUGGUUCAAUCAGACACCGGAACAUUGUCCGGCUUUUAGGCUGGUGUUCUAACUGGAAUAUGAAGCUGCUUUUGUACGACUACCUUCCAAAAGGAAGCUUGAGCUCACUCCUCCACGGUGCUGGUAAGGGAGGAGCUGAAUGGGAAACUAGGUACGAUAUUGUAUUAGGGGUUGCACAUGCACUUGCAUACUUGCACCAUGAUUGUUUACCAGCAAUUCUUCAUGGAGAUGUCAAAGCCAUGAAUGUACUGUUAGGACCAGGCUAUGAACCUUAUCUAGCUGACUUUGGCCUAGCAAGAGUUGAGAGGAGCAAUCCUGAUGAUGACUUAGCCAAACCAAGCCAGAGACCUCAUCUAGCUGGUUCUUAUGGAUAUAUGGCUCCAGAGCAUGCAUCGAUGCAGCGCAUCACUGAGAAAAGCGAUGUGUACAGUUUUGGUGUGGUGGUUCUAGAGGUUUUAACAGGAAGACACCCAUUAGACCCAACAUUGCCUGGUGGUGCACCCUUGGUUCAGUGGGUUAGGGACCACCUGGCAAACAAGAAAGACCCAGUUGACAUUCUGGAUCAAAAACUUAGAGGGAGGGCUGACCCCACAAUGCAUGAAAUGCUCCAAACACUAGCUGUAUCCUUUCUCUGCAUCAGCACCAGACCUGAUGAUCGUCCAACAAUGAGGGACAUUGUUGCAAUGCUAAAGGAGAUUCGGCAUGUCGACCCUGUAAGACCAGAUCCGGACAUAUCAAAAGGAGGUUUAACGGCGGCUCGAUCGCCAGACCCUGCUAGGAUUCCAGUGUCACGAGGAUCUUCUAACUGCUCCUUUGCUUUCUCUGAUGAUUCAACUUUUGAUGGGUAAACAUUUCAAGAAUAGUUUUCAGAGAUCUUAUGAUGCGAUAAUCAAGGUUGUAAAAGGUCCUUGGGUUGUAAUUUUAACCAUAUUUGGCGUUGUAGAUUGUCAGAACUAAUUUAUUUAAGAGUAAACUAUGUAGUAUAUUAUGAAAGGUUAAAAAGAAUAAAAGAAUGUGAUUAUGGUUUAAUAUAUGCAGAAGCUGGACCAAUCAUCAGUAGUUUUGGAUCUAUGUGAUUACAACUUAAUGCAGGAGAUGGGAUUCUCUCAGAAGAACACCUUUACAGAAGAAGCUUUUCAGCAGUACUCACA